GAGAGAGAGAGAGAGCGGCGUUCCCACCAACAGGACGGGAUUCAAAAAAAGGGGGAAAAAAGCACAGCCAGCAGGCAACAUCACCUGCAGAGCGAAACAGCGUUGGAUUUCCCCGGUGGGAAACAGACAUCCGUGUUGUUUUCCUGUAUGUCAGAGGCUUACUGCGUGUAGAAGAAUUCGCUCAAGUGUCUUUUCGGUGUUUUGUAUCAGGAAAAAAAAGAGGCGCGCAGUUUUGUCCUUCUUGAGGACCCGGGACCUUGUUGACGCUCGGAGCGGGGACGAUGGACCGCGUUUCCGCCGGGAAUUUGCUCUUGGAGCCGGGCCGUGCGCACACAUGGGGACUGUAGCGCUUCCAGCCCGGUUUGUUUAGCGGUUGAACCGUAUUUACUGUGCCGGGAGAGGAGGUCAGGAAAGCCGCGAUGCCCACCAGGAACAGGUACAACCUGGUGGAUGAUGUGGCGGACUCGAGGGUGCCGCUCCACAACGAGGAAGCUUACCAGCAUGGGAUAUAUUUCCAAGCAAAGUACGUGGGUAGUCUUGACGUGCCCAGGCCCAACAGUCGGAUGGAGAUCGUGGCAGCCAUGAGGAGAAUCAGGUACGAAUUCAAGGCCAAGAACAUCAAGAAGAAAAAGGUCAGCAUCGUGGUGUCUGUGGACGGGGUCAAGGUGAUGCUAAGGAAGAAACAGAAGAGAAAGGAAUGGACAUGGGAUGAGAGCAAAAUGCUGAUCAUGCACGAUCCAAUAUACAGGAUUUUCUACGUAUCACAUGACUCCCAGGACUUAAAGAUCUUCAGCUACAUUGCAAGAGAUGGCUCCAGUAAUUCCUUCAGAUGCAACGUCUUCAAGUCAAAGAAGAAGACACAGGCCAUGCGUAUCGUGCGAACAGUAGGUCAGGCGUUUGAGGUGUGCCACAAGCUCAGCCUGCAGCACGCCGAGCAGGACGCUGACGGGCAGGCUGACGGAGAAAGUGACAAGUCAACAGAGGAGCCCAGCAGCCACGGUCGCACACUGACGGGGGCAGAGCGAGGGGAAGAUGAGCAGGACAGCAAACAUGAGGGACGGCGAGGAGGAGAAGAUCCUGCAGCUGGCAGCUCUCUGUGUGAGAAGGCAGUGAGCGAAAUUCUCCAGAGCUUGGCUGAACUCAACGUCGUCAAGCCUGGACAGACCAUCAUGGACUUCGAUCGAAGGUCCCUCUUCACUGUGACAUCCCAAGGCAUUACUCCCAGCAGCCCUUGCUCUCCUUCUAUUACUCCGCUGGCAUCACAGCACUACCUGCAGCUUCUUCAGCAGCAGCUGCAGCAGCAGCAGCAGCACACACACGUGGCUGUUGCUCAGGUACAGCUGCUGAAAGAUCAGAUGGCAGCAGAGACCGCCGCUCGUAUCGAGGCUCAGGCCCGCGUCCACCAGCUGCUGCUGCAGAACAGGGAUUUGCUGCAACACCUGACCCUGCUCGUGCAGCAGCUGAAAGAGCUGGAGGCCCGCGCCCUGAAAGCAACACACCCAGGGCAGCCGCAACAGGAGCUGCAAGCUAAUGGACACGAUGGCCAGCAGUCAUCAGGUGGCUUAGUUUCAGCAUCAGCAAAGUCCCUGUCCUUAAAUCUGAAGAAUCACUACAGUCAGACCCUGGACCACCUCAUCACCUCCACGCCCUCACGGCUGUUCGAAACCUCGCCCCUGUCUCCCACCCAGGUGGGCUGUGCCGAGUCCUACCUCAAUCUGCUUAACAUGGAGAGCGACAUCAAACCACCAGCCUCAGCCAACAAUGACCUAGACCCCUUCAUCAGAGCAAAUGGCGCUGUGGAAGACAAGGAGAUGUCCGGCAAUGAGAUUGUCCCGUUCACAUCCCGAAACUCUGCCAGCAUGGAUGAAAAGUGCAGGCAGAUAAUCCCCAAACUCGACCCUCCUCCACCUUCCGUGAACCGCAAGAGAGCUAGCAGGACAUUGUCUCCAGGGUCAGAGGUCGCAGCUGCGCCUACGCCCACAGAGGUCACCUCUAACGACGCAGCCCCCAGCCGCAGCAGCAGCGUCUCGUUCCCUGACAUCACCCCCAGCUCGCUGUCAUCCGGUGACUUCCACUCCCUGAGCAACGGCGAGAGCAGCUCCUGCUCCACCAGCGAGGACUCGGGCGUGCGCUCCGAAACCAAGUCCCUGCUGUCGCCCCUGCGUGACGACGACGACCUGUUCGGGGACCGUGGGACAUUUUUAACAGCCUCCAGUGGCUGUAACAGUCCCGUGGAGGAGAGGGGGGAAACCGUUCUCUCAGCCGCUGAGUCGUAUCCCACUGAAGCCCCCACCCUCACUUCACAGUCGGACACUUGUGGCCACCCGCUGCCCUUCUCCCCGAUGAAUGAUACCUGCCUUCACAUCAGCUUUUCUGAGGAUGAGCUGCUGGAGAGCAGCCAGGAGGACCCUAACGUCCCUCAGCGGAGCUAGGAGCUAUUGAUCUCCUGGAAAACUUCCAUCAUCUUCUGCAAUCAGCUUUUAAUCUAAUAUUUACUAUCAGACCCUCCUAUGUUUGCACUGGGCUCUAUUUCAGGGCCUUUAAUCGUUCCACCCACUUGUGACACAGUACAGGCACACAGUAGCUGAUACCAGUUCCUGGAAAGUACUCUAUUGUACAGUUGAUUAGCCUGUGGACAGAUUUAGUAUUUUUGUAAUAAAAUAAUGAGCUAAUUUACUUUUUAGUGACUAGAAUGUUUAGCAGAAUACAUGUAGCACCUCUUGCACCGUUAAAGUCAAUUUAGCGUAGAAUUCAAAGCCAACGAGGGAACACGUUUUAUUUUUGCUAGUAGUCGACGUUAAAAGAUUAUUUUGUAUGAUGGUUCACUGUGGUACAAACUAAAGAUACAUGAUGACCAUGCAAGUGCUUGUGAUUUUGAUGUUGGGAGAAGCCUCGAUUUCUGCAGGAACACCCGACGGGUAAUGGUGGGCGGAAAAAAAAGAACAAGAAAGUCAGUAAAAAUGGAAAAUGAUGUGUUGCGGUCUGCGCACAGCUGUGUAGCGCUGUGCAUUAUGUUUUUGUACUCUCAGAGGUUAGUGGGUUUUAGAAUGUUUUUUUUCUUACUUGCAUUUCGUGGGCCUUAAAGCACUGCUGGGAAAAUGAGUGGAAUGUCUGCAGGUAUUCCGUGUAUUCAAUUGAUUUGUUUUGGAUGCAAUCCUUUAAAACCAAAGGGGAUUUUUGAAUUAAAAGCAUUUUCUUUUUGAGAAACUCGACAUGAAGCUAAUGACCGUGAAAGUAAUGGAUUGCGCCCGUCUGAGUGGGGAGUCUGUUACAAGAUACUGAAUGGGAAGAUAAUUGGGGAAUCAGAGAGGACCUUGGAGAAAGACAGCUUGGCAGAUGGAUUUUCUCUUCUUUGCUUCUAUCUUUGUCAAAUCUUGAAUACCCAACAAAUCUGCUUUCGUUUUCAGGGUGAAUUAACCUAAACGGUGGGAACAUUGUUGGCAUUCAAUCGAGAGAAAAGGACCUCGAGUAGUUUAAAGUGAAUCAAACUGCACUCUCAUCCCAACAGUUUAGUUAUAAAAGAAAUAAUUGUAUGAAGUUGAAAUGAAAAUGCCAAAAUGUACCACCAUAGAUCAAACCAGAUUGAAAAAUUCAAUAAACUGAGUUACUUUAAAUGUCUGACAUUUUAUAAAUGAAAUCAUAAAAUGUUGAAGAAAAUGCUAGAGAUAAUAAUCGGAACGAUGGACGAUGAAAAGCAGUAGCUGUUUAACUUCACGUUUAUAAGGUUUCUGUUGCUUUGUUAAUGGUGUCGAAUAAAGUGCCACCUUCUGCGAGUAGAAGUGAAUAUAAAUGGAGAUGAGGGGUAAAGCACACAAGGUCACGGGGGGGAGUGUAAAGUUGCAGGUGUACAGGCAAAACACAGAAAUCAGGCUUUUCCCAACAUUACACGUGGCAGGGAGCUUAACAGCAAUAACAUGUGGAUGAAAAAAUAAUAAAGAGAAACAGCUGAAGAAAAAUUUGUUUCUGGCUAUUUGUGGAUCACUUGAAAUGAACUAAAGUCUUAGACCCUUACUUCCUGUUACCUUCUGCACACAGGACACCUAGGGAGAAGAGUGCUAUGGAAGGAGGGGGUUCAAAGAAAACCUGUGCUUACUGUACUGCUUACAUUUCCUGUCGUUGCACAUAUUUUAAUCUGCUGCCGAUCUUUGUUCACACGCCUUUUCAUUCAGUGUAAUUUCCUGUAACCGCUGUACAGUCAACAUCAUUUGAACCACAGCCAGAGCUGAAGCUACAUUGAGAAGAUUACACUGCAAACAGUAACGCAGCGGUGUAAGAUAUCAGUGCACAGGUGCGGCUCUGAGGAACUACUGUAGCAGCUCACGGCUGGAUUCCAAUUAAAGACUGUGCUGUUGGUUUCAUCUCCUCGCUUUGAAUGGAAAGCAGAACAGACAGAUCGUCCGCUCUUCUGGCCUGUUUGGCUAUGCAUUCAUUAUAUCUCAUUACAGUCCCAUUUGUCAUUAGGAAUUCAUGCCUCUCAAAUUCUUUACCACACACUUAACAUUUUCAAGGCUUGACGACACUUCCUGUCCCGUCCUCCAAGGCGUUGUGCUCCCAAGGUGUCCUUUUGAAGGUGAGCUUUUUCUUCUCUCUAGUCCACGAGUCUGCAAACUUCGCUUCUACAGAGUGCCCUGUCGCUUCAGGGUGCAAACAUCUGACUGACAGGCUUAUUAGCCUUCAGGGCCUCAGUGUAAUGCAGCUGUAGCAAAGAAGGCAAUGCUCUUAUUUCCCUGCGCACCUCUCUAAUCUAAGGACUGCAAACGCCACCUCUGCUACAGUCUGGAGAUAAGAAAUUAGCUGUGUAGUGUCCCUGCGUGCCUUCAUUCUCACCUUCAACAUGGAAUUCCCCUGCUGGAUAAUCAAUAAUGCAGGAUGCUUGUGCAGCUUGUCCCUCCUCUCUCUCCUAUUUCUCUCCAGAGAGGUGGUUUCCAUCCUGUUCAGUAAGCCCAUUCAAUACAAGACUGCAUCUGAUCUGCGAUCAAUCUAACGUAGCCCAUAGAAGCUGGAAGGCAGCCUCACACCAAAGCCCCAGCUCCUCGGCUUUACAUAGCCGUUUAAAGUAGAUGUCCCUCGUCCUUUAUAUGCCCAUUAAUGC